GUGCACAAUCAGACGAAAAGCAGGGUCGCCGGUCCUCCCUCUCCAGGUCGUCAUCUCCUAGCUCGGAGUUUUCCUGGAGUGACACUGGGGAUCUUGCGGAACAAUUAGCGGACGCUGAGGAUCCUCUGCGAAUUCAGUUGCCUGCAUCUUUGGGCGACCAAGUUUUUGGCGGUAGCUCCAGACGGCCUACGCGCAGAAAGGUCCGAUACAACGAUUCCGAGACCGUGGAACGAAAAGAAUAUCAUCCUGGACUCGCUAAAGAGGAGAUCGAGAUCCCUUCGCCUGCCCCGCGGUAUAUCACUAGAGCAGAGCAUAUCCUCGCCGCCAUCAUGUCUGGAGGAGAAAGGCAGAUGCAUGGCCUUACGGGCAAGCCAUUAGUGUAGGCAGAGGUUCUCGGAACGAGCAAGCAAGCAGCUGACGGUCAUCAGAUACUUUACAAGUGUAUUUGUAUCUUUAGGGGUCUUCCUUUUUGGCUAUGAUCAAGGAGUUAUGUCUGGCAUCAUCACUGGUCCUUUCUUUAGAGAUUACUUCAACCGGCCAUCUCGCGCAGAGGUUGGUACUAUGGUAGCUAUUCUCGAAAUUGGAGCAUUUUGUUCUUCACUAGUAGUCGGCAGGAUUGGAGAUAUAAUUGGGCGACGGAAAACGAUUCUCUAUGGAUCCAUGAUAUUCUUCAUUGGGGGGGCUCUUCAGUCCUUUGCCAAUGGAAUGCCAAUGAUGCUACUUGGCCGCAUCACAGCAGGCGUUGGUGUGGGAAUGUUAUCAACAAUUGUGCCAAUCUACCAGUCCGAGAUUUCACCUCCACACAACCGGGGUAAAUUAGCUUGUAUCGAGUUCUCAGGAAACAUUCUCGGUUAUGCAACAUCAGUAUGGGUCGACUACUUUUGCAGUUUCAUUCAACAUGAUUAUUCUUGGAGGCUGCCAUUGCUUAUGCAAUGUGUUAUGGGUGCUCUGCUUGGUUUUGGGAGUUUAGUCAUCGUUGAAUCACCACGGUGGCUUCUUGACAACGACCAUGAUGAAGAGGGAAUUGUUGUUAUCGCAAACCUCUAUGGAGGUGGUGAUAUCCAUGAUGCAAAGGCACGCGACGAGUACCGGGAAAUCAAGAUGGAUGUCCUUUUGCAAAGGCAGGAAGGAGAAAAGUCCUACCGCGACAUGUUUCGUCGAUACCGAACUCGAGUAUUCAUUGCCAUGUCCGCUCAGGCUUUUGCCCAGCUCAACGGGAUCAACGUCAUCUCAUACUACGCUCCUUAUGUUUUUGAGUCUGCUGGGUGGGUUGGCCGCGAUGCGAUUCUAAUGACUGGUAUCAACGGCAUCACGUAUUUGAUGUCCUCUGUACCACCGUGGUAUCUUGUCGAUCGAUGGGGUCGCCGAUUUAUCCUUCUAAGCGGGGCCAUCGCAAUGGUCUUGUCCUUGUCCACAAUCUCAUACUUCCUCUACCUCGACGUCAGUGUAACGCCAACAUGCGUUGUAAUCUUUGUUAUGAUUUACAAUGCGGCGUUUGGAUACAGUUGGGGACCUAUUCCGUGGCUCUAUCCUCCUGAGAUUCUACCUCUCAGUAUCCGUUCAAAGGGUGCAAGUUUGUCCACGGCCACUAAUUGGGCGUUCAAUUGGUUGGUUGGAGAACUUACGCCAGUGUUACAAGAGUUGAUCGCGUGGCGCCUUUAUCUCGUGCACGCAUUUUUCUGUGCCACGAGUUUCGUUGUUGUAUAUUUUAUUUAUCCCGAGACGGCCGGUGUAAGAUUAGAAGAUAUGGAUGCUCUUUUUGGUGAUGCUACUACCGCGAUGCCAACCCCAGCAACGAGAGCAGAAACCGGCUCUUUGAUGGGGGCCUCCUCACCUGUUCCCUCGAUGGAUCUUCGAAGGGGAGUACUAGCAGGUGGACUGAAUGGGAACGGACUCGGUCCCUCGAGUGCUAUCCCUGGGCUCGAUAUCGACCCACCCCAUGUUAACAUUAGGAACGGGAAACCGCAAUAUGGUACGGACGACGAUGGUUCGACGAGUGAAGGCGUCGGAGGAUGGAUCUCUCGCAUAGUGAAUAGAAACAAGGGCGACGAGGAAAGCAUCAAAAGUGGGAAAUAUAAGCCUCUCGACCAGGACGACGAGUAAGAGGUCGACCUUUAGGGGGCAUUGUUGGAUUUAUAGAAGACGGUUACCUUAGACAGCGGGGCAUAAAGGACGUCCCUGGUUAUAUGGAUAUCAGACCGAUCUGAACCCAUAGAACAAUUGUACAAUUUCGUGAAGGAAGUUG